UCGCAGGAUGGCGCGACCGGCGGCGUCAACAUGGCUGCGCUCAUCCAGGUCGUCGCUCGCCAAGCUCAGUUAACUUUCGCCCGUAGCUUCCUUGCGGACGAAGCAUUCCGCGAUUGCCUUGUUCGACUGCAGAGGACAAUCGGUCAGGUCACGUGCAAGGACGUUAACUUGGACGAGAAACUUCUGCAUGCCCUGUCGAAGACUACCAACGGCGGCAGCGCAGCGCCCGUCACGUAUAUCUCCCUCUACGAGAGCCGGGCAUUUAGCAUGAGUAUUUUUAUCAUACGGCGCGGGGAGCGUAUACCGCUGCACGAUCACCCCGGGAUGUUUGGUGUUCUCAAAGUGCUGCACGGGUCCGGAACUAUAUGCAGCUACAGCGCACAGAGGCCGCACAGCGGUGACGAAGCAGUGCUCGAAGCGCAGCGCCAUCCGGAUCUGACCGUGGCCCCGGACAGUGCGCCCUGCUGCCUGACGCCGACCGAACGCAAUUUGCACGAGAUCCGGGCGCUGGAUGGGCCACUCGCCUUCCUCGACAUUCUCGCACCGCCAUACGACGGCGUCGAGCGUGACUGCCACUACUACAGCGUGGCUCCGCCGCCUGCAAGCGAGACGACUUCUGCCGUGCGCCUGCGUCGGGUCGCGCCGCCGCGCGAUUUCUGGUGCGACUCGGCGCCCUAUCGUGGACCUCCCAUCGGCCCCCAACUACAAGCUGCACAGUAAAUAGGGACUUAAAUGUCGGGUCGCGCCUCCCGGCGAUUGGAAUAGACCGCGCAUCGUUUUGGUGUGCGAUGGUGUGUCUGUUGGUUGCGUUGCUCACAUGGACGUGCACGCCUCGACUCCCUGUGCGAGCAGCGCUGGUGGAAUCGAAGCGAGGGCCUUUCGGCACGCCGCAGCAACGCCCGCCCCUCCGUAUUCACUUGGUCCUUCGCCCUGUGCUCGCGACUAGUACGGACGCUAUAGCCUCCUUUACGGAACAUCGCACACGAACUUUUUUUCGCUCCUUUUAUUUAGCGGUCAUUGCACUGCACGAGCUUUCUUACAUGUGAAUUCUGUCGCUGCGGCACCUGUGCGCUACUGCGGUGCAGACCUUUAUAACUAGUAGCAUUUCAGUUGUAAAGUAAUCGUAUAGUUUUACCGGUUGCUUUGACUUUCUUUCGCCAUGGGAAACCAUGGUAGGUCUCAAGCUCCGUUUGGCGAAAGUGUUCCGUGAUCUGUUAGUGUUUCAAGCCUCAUUGUAUAUUCAGUUCAAGUUGCCGGCAUUUAACCGUAAGCUAGUUCUGAUCACUUUAAUUUGUACGGUUAAGAACUUAACCACUCGUUCAUUGCCAACUUUGUUUGCAGGGUACUGCUCAAGUAUGUACAUUUCAACUUUUGCAAAUCGUGCUUAAGCAAAAUUGUUUAUUUUUUAGGGGGCAGAGCUGCUUGCCAGUUUCAGCACAUUAAUUCUUGGUGUCAUUAAUAUCAGAUUCAAUAGGAUAACUUCUCUAAUCUGAUUUUUCUUUCUAUCUUUAGAAAGCAAAAGUCGUUAGCUUCUUUUCUUGGUUCUGGAAGAGGCUAGGUACAGAAAAGUGUGCCUUCAUUCCAUGCUGCAGGUAAAAACACGAAGCAUCAUUUGCAUUUUAUUUUUUUUUGUCUGGCACGACAGCUAGUAAGCCACUUGAGAGCCGUUGCCUUGGUUUAAUAAAACAGUUUGAAAAC